GCGGCGGCGGGCGGUGGCGGCGGGGACCCCUGGAAGGAGUGCGCGGAGGUGGCGGUGCAGCUGGCGCGCCGCGCCGGGCAGAUUAUUAGGAAAGCUCUAACAGAGGAAAAACAAGUGUCCACAAAGACAUCUGCAGCAGAUCUCGUGACAGAAACUGAUCAUUUUGUGGAAAAUUUAAUUAUUUCUGUUCUGAAAGAGAAGUUUCCCUCCCACAGGUUUAUUGCAGAAGAAUCCACUGCUGCAGGUUCAAAAUGUGUCCUCACCGACAGUCCGACCUGGAUUAUUGACCCUGUUGAUGGAACGUGCAACUUUGUGCACAGAUUUCCAACAGUGGCAGUGAGCAUUGGAUUUGCAGUUAACAAAGAGCUUGAAUUUGGUGUAAUUUACCACUGCACUGAAGAACGAUUAUACACUGGUAGAAGAGGUCAAGGGGCAUUUUGUAAUGACAAAAGGCUUCAGGUAUCAAAAGAGACAGAUAUCUCGAAGGCCUUAAUUUUAACAGAAAUUGGUCCAAAACGUGACCCUGCAACUUUGAAAUUGUUCCUUGGUAACAUUGAGAGAUUGCUCAAGGCCCAAGCACAUGGGGUCCGUGUCAUUGGGAGCUCGACGCUGGCCCUGUGCCAUUUGGCGUCCGGCGCUGCCGAUGCCUAUUACCAGUUUGGGUUGCACUGCUGGGACCUGGCAGCAGCCACUGUCAUCAUCAGAGAGGCAGGUGGCACUGUGAUAGACACUUCAGGGGGACCUCUGGAUCUUAUGUCCUGCCGAGUGAUUGCUGCAGGCACGAGAGAGAUGGCCAUGUUCAUAGCUCAGGAAAUACAAACUAUUCACUACCGACGGGACGACGAGAAUUAAAUGCUCACUGUGCGGAGUUUGCGCUCCUGAACCGUGUAACGUUUGCAAGAUGGGUGUCUUGAAAGGGUACGUGAUUUCAGCAGGAUGAUUUCUGUGGAGAUUUUCUGUGUCAAAUAUUUUUUAUAAAUUUAUUACCACGUGGGAAGGCAUAGGGAGAUUUUUAGACCUCUAAGAAUCAUGUUUCCUUUUUAAUAUGUAUCUCUUCCAGCAGUAUCUUUUUUAUAAGAUAGAAUAUUUUACUUGUAGCAAAUUAGUCACAGAAAUUAGGUUGUAAUUUCAUAUCUGUGGGGCUGAUAUUUAGUCUUUUGUAACACGCAGCUAAAAAAUGGAACUUUAUUUUUACAGAUGCAGAUCUCAGGUAAAUGAGCUUUAGAACUGUAGUAAAGGAGGAGUAGUUGAGAUGUGUGCCUAUAAUAAUACCCUUGUUCCAUGAUACUUAAGAAUGCAAUAAAAAUGGCAUUGUUGUUUCCUAACGACGUCAUAGCUCUGUAUCCAUAUAUGUACAUGUCUAUGUGUCUGUGUGUGUGUGUAUAUGUGUAUAUAUACAUCUAUAUGUGUCAUGCAUGUAUACACACACGUCCCUAGGGGUGUAUGUGUAUAUAUAUGGAUAUCCUGGAUGUUUACAGCAACUUAGAGAAUGCAUAGAGAAAAGAAAGCUAAUAUUGGAAGUGUUUUCAGGUAAUGUUUCUUUUUAGGUUACAUAGGUGAUUCCAGUCGGGGCUAUCCAAAUGGCAAAUAGCAGAGCUGACCAUGGAAAUUGUUGGUUUUACAAACUACCUAGCUGGUUUUGUUUCCCUUCAUCCCUCUGCAUGAGCAUAGAUCAUAGUGUCCUGUAGGCCUCUGUAAGAUACUCAAACCUGCAAGCAAUUACUACCAUAGAGUAGUUAUAGUUAAAACCAGGAAUAUUGAACUCAAGCUGAGUUAUUCACAGUAUUAACUAUGACACGCAGCAGUAGGAGGCCAGCAGAAUAGAGCACAGUGUCAAAGAGCUGCUGAUUUUAGAGAAACGUCGAGCAGAACAGUAGGAUUUGGCCCCUUACAGGCAAGUUAUUAAAAAUAUGCACAUAAGAUAUGCUUGCAAAAAGUUGUAAAUCACAUGCCCUUCUUGCACAACGUUGUCAUCACACUUUCUGAUCAGAAAAGCCUGUAAAAUCAAUUACAUAGAUUUCCUAAAUACAAAUUUGUGCUCUAUGCCUGUAUCUAGCCCAUAAUUUCUAUUUAGAUUGUGUUUUAAAUACUGAGCACAGGGAAAACACAAAUGUGUCAAGAAAACCAGUUCAUAUGAAAUCACAUCUAUUUUUUUUGUCAAAAAUUUAAUUACAAGAUUAAAAGGUAUCUCUUUUUUGCAAUAGAGCAAAUUGAAUAAAGGAAUGAGCCAAACGAGUUGGUUAAAAAUCUAACUUUUUUUGUACACUGCAUGUGUAGACUUUUAAAACAUGUUCAGAUAUCAGCUUAGAAGUUACAGACUAAACAAUAUUUUUUAAAAAUAACCUUGUGUGUGUUUCUUGCAAUGAAAAACGUUUUUCACUAUAUAACAUGAAGUUCUGUGUGAUUUCUUGAUUUUUUUUUCAUGAGAAAUACAAAAUUUUGACUGUGUGAGAAAUAUCUAAACCCAACUAAGCAUUUAAGAGCUGAUGGUUCUUAGCAGAAAGUCAACAAUUUCUGUCACAGUGGCCAACAUUGUGCUCCCUUUUAUCCCUUCCAUCUCUUUAUACCCCUGUUUGGAAAAGGAGAUUGUAAGCCCUCUGGGGCAGGGACUACAGUAGUUUGGCUCUGGGUUUUCACAGCGCUAAUAGGAUGAGAUUCUGGUCCACAACUAGGCACUGAGGUGCUAUAAUAAUACAAAUAAUAAAUGCUAAUAGGCUCA